AUGCAAGAAACAGUCAGCAUACUCCAAGCACAAAUUCAAACCAAAAGAAGAGUCCUUGAGUUGUGCAAGGAACGUCAAAGAGUUGAAGAAGAGAAACAGGAGAUAAUGAAAAACACCCGAAGCCACCUGUUGGCUCAAGCAGAACAGAUUGAGAGCAGACUUAAGCGAGCUUUAUUAAAAAGUCAGCAAUCGAUGUCUGAUAUGAUUAAAACACUUGAUAUGGAAAGGAAAGCCAUCGUUUUCUGGAACAAUUUGAAUAACUCAGCCAAAGACUUGGGAAAAGUCGCCGACACGUGGAAACCUGGGAAAUUGCGGCGUGUGCGCGCAUUAAACGACCUGAGUACCAGCCGAGAAGAGAUUUUUGAUGAUGAGUUUGCAACAUGUGAGUUCCCUGGUGACUUGUCCGAUGAUGAUGUAUUAACAGAAAUACUGAGAAAUGAGAAGUUUGAGGGAAGUCUCAGUAUAAUGGAACCUUUCUUUUAA